GUAGCUUCUGGGUAUCAUUUUCAAGUUUCUCCUCUAAACACAGCACGAUGUAUCAAUUUUUUAUUUUUGUGUUGUUGCUAGGAAAUGUGACGUGUGCUUGUUUGAAUAAUUUCAAACAAAAGUCCCAAAGUAAGUGGAAAGAAGGCGGACAGUGGAAAAUCCGCGCAGAUGUGAGUCCGGACAUUGUUGGAUUUCUUACGGAUUGGAAAGUAGAAAUCGUAUUCGCAGCACCUUUAGCGAAAGAUAUUGAAGUCUGGGUAGUUAAUGGAGCCGGUUGGACUAACGGCAAAUCAUCAAUCGUUUUAACACCGAAAUCAUACAACCGACGGAUAAGCGAUCGUUUCACGCUCUCGUAUACCGCAACUUUUGACCAAGAUUUAGGUUUAAACCACAUUAAAUGUCUUCAGUUUUGCGGUAAAUUAUCGCAAACAGGUAAACAAACUUGUUCUACUGGAACGUUACCUUCAAAAGCUCCAACUACCACGAAUAAAGGGUCGUGUUCAGGAAGUUAUAAUUAUAAUGAGGUGUUAGAAAAAUCAAUUUUGUUUUACGAGGCACAGCGUUCUGGAAAAUUACCUUCAGACCAACGAGUUAAAUGGAGAAAAGAUUCCGCGCUUAAAGACGGAUCCGACGUCGGUUUGGAUUUGUCGGGUGGAUAUUACGACGCCGGUGAUUACGUAAAGUUUGGAUUUCCUAUGGCUAGCACGAUAACUGUUUUAGCAUGGGGCAUGCUCGAUUUUAAAGAUGGCUACAAGCGGGCUGGGCAGUAUGAUCAUGGCUUGAAAACAUUGAAAUGGGGAACCGAUUAUUUCAUCAAAUGUCAUACAUCGAAAUAUGAAUUUUAUGGACAGGUUGGGGAGGGAGAUUUGGAUCAUGCGUUUUGGGGAAGACCAGAAGAGAUGACAAUGAAGCGACCGUCGUUUAAAAUUGACACUAAAAAUCCUGGUUCUGAGAUAGCUGCUGAGACAGCUGCUGCAUUAACGGCUAGCUCUCUCGUCUUCCGUGAAAGUGGUGAUACAGCAUACGCAGACAAACUUUUGAGGCAUGGAAAAGAUUUGUACGAGUUUGCAACAAAAUAUCGCAGAGCGUACCAUGUAUCGAUAAAAGACGCUCAAAAGUUCUAUAAAAGUUACUCUGGCUUCAAAGAUGAGUUAGCGUGGGCGAGUUUAUGGUUGUAUAAAGCGACAAAAGAUAAAUCGUACGCGAACGCGUAUCUGCAGGAGUUCGAUCAAGAAGUAUACAACAUUGAUGUAGGUGAAUUCUCCUGGGAUAACAAAUGGAUGGGAGCAAAGGUGCUUGCUUCACAAUUAAAAAUAACUGGGAAGGACUAUCUACGAAAUCUUAAAACAUUGUUACAGUCAUCGAAAAAAACUCCAAAGGGGUUAUUCUUCGUCAUGAAAUGGGGAUCCAACAGACAUGCCGCUAACUUGGCGUUCUUGUCGUUGGUAGCCUCACGUAUUAAAGAUUCUGCAUUUUAUGAAAAAUUCGCCCGAGAGCAAUUAAAUUACAUGCUUGGUGACUCAGGGCGUAGUUAUGUUGUUGGUUUUGGGAUGCACCCGCCCCAACGCCCUCACCACGCAAGUAGCUCUUGCCCACUGUAUGGCAAAUGCGACUGGAGCAAUUUUAAUAGUCCAAAACGCAACCCAAUGACAUUAUACGGGGCGUUGGUAGGAGGUCCUGAUCAAAACGACCGCUACAAGGAUGAAAGGGACGAGUACGUACAAAAUGAAGUCACGUGUGAUUACAAUGCUGGUUUCCAGUCCGCACUUGCAGGUUUAAUUCAACUUGGAAAAUGUUAAGCAGUUAUCCGCUUUUUGUGUUUUAUUAAACAAGGAUUUAAUAAAAAAACAAUUUGCAUUGA